UCCCAGAUAAAUCAAAUUAGAUGUGUCAAAAUUGUACAAAAAAUUACAAGUUUUAAACCUUUUGGGGGUAUUUCCAAUUUUUAUUGAAAACUUUAUCAAUUAAAAAUGGCUUUCUUCCUCAUUCGCUUGGCAUUGGUGGCCGGCGCGGUCUAUGGAACCCAGGAGCUGGGAGUUUGGGAAAGCUCCGACCACACACAGGUGCUCUUUGAAGGUGCCAAAAGGGAGGUGAGUCCCUACGCCGAGGAUCUGAUGAACCGAUUCUGCUGCUGGCGGUGCGACAAGUGCAACGAGGCUGCGGAGGUGAAGCCCUGGCAGGAAUCCAUGGUGGAUGCCUGGAACGAGACGAUCAAGAAGACAUUCAACGCCCUGGGCGUCCGGGUUCCCUUCUAUUACAAGCGAUUCUCGGAGGACUUUCAGCAGGGUAUCGACGACUUGGUGAACGAUAAGGAGGAAGUAGAUAUCAAUGCAAAAGAUGGCCCCAAAAACAAAUUAAAAUAACACA